UUAAAUUAUUGUUAAAAUCAUUCUACAUUUAAAGUUUAAUCAAUAUUGUGUGAUGAAAUAAAAUGUUCUUAUGAAGGAGAGGCUUGAUGAAUACAGUGGCAGUGAUGUUUGUGCACUAAUUCAUAUAAAUCACAUCUUUAUUGUGGAAUAAACUGGAAUAUAUGUAUAUAUAUAUUUAAUUUCAAUAAUAUAUCAGUAUAUCUACAGCUAAAUAUGUCACAAGAAUAAAGAAAACUAGUAGUUUUGAUAUUAGUUUUUGUGCUCUCAGUAAAGAGUCGACUUCAUUACGCAGUGUAAUGUUUAGAUCGAGCUCAUUUAGAGUCUGUUUGGGAUUGUUUUGAACACAUUAGUUUGAUGACAUGGAGAAAGUGAUCAGGAAAAACAUGAUCAGAUGUUAAUCGUUUUGAGAGCAACAUUUGUGAACACGGUCUUAGUUUAGGAGGGAAUAUCAGUUGAAAUGAUUGAACAACACUUUGAUGUAUUUGCGUCUCUGUUGAAGAUCUAAUCGUGUCAAACAUUUGUUACGCUGCACAGUAAACGAGUCUCGAGUUUCUGUUUCAAAGGAGGCUAUAAAAGAUGAAGAGCUUGAGCGUGAAGUUGGUUCUGGUCACUGUGCUUCUCCAGCUGUGCCUCUCUGUGCUGGAGGUCAACGCUGGUGGAGGAGCAGGAGCUAGACCAGCAGCAGCAGGAGUAGCAGUUCCUAAUUUUGGGGACCUGAUUAAAUUUCCACGAACCGGUUAUAGUCACUAUGGUAUAUUUGUUGGUGAUGGAAAUGUGCCUUUGAAUGGAAGGGGUGAUCACAACAUUUUUGAGAUGACAAGGAAACCACCCGGCUGCCGAUUCAGUACACAUGCAGGUCCCUUUAUAGUAGGAAAUAAGCAUUACAAUGAUACAGUACCCCAGACCCCGGAGCAAAUGGUAGCCACCAUUGAAGCUCUAAUGCGUCCUGAAGAUAAGUGGUGUAAAAAAUAUAGUCUUCGUAAGGAGAAUUGUGAACAUAUUGCCACAUUGGUUCGUUAUGGUAGAGCAAUGUGCAGACAGGAGGGAAAUGCAGCUGCAGGACUGGCUGGAUGGGCGAACUCGAGGGUCAAGCAAAAACGUCGUGAAGCUUCAGCAGCUGCUUGAACAUCAGCAUCACUUUCUUCUUUUCCUUUUAAUCUUCUAAUUGUGAAGAAGAUCUUAAUAAACCUGAAUGUAGCAAAUGCA